AUGACUGGUUCUGGUUCUCCUUGUGGAGCCUGCAAAUUCUUGAGAAGAAAGUGUGUGAGAGGUUGUGUUUUUGCUCCUUACUUUUGCCAUGAACAGGGUGCCACCCAUUUUGCAGCCAUUCAUAAGGUCUUUGGUGCAAGCAAUGUCUCAAAGCUCCUUGCUCACCUCCCUGUGAGUGACCGUUGUGAAGCUGCUGUCACAAUCUCUUACGAAGCUCAAGCUAGACUUCAAGAUCCAAUUUAUGGCUGCGUAGCUCAUAUUUUUGCACUCCAACAACAGGUGGUGAAUUUACAAGCACAACUAGCUCUUCUCAGGGAACAAGCGGGUCAGAUCUAUCUCAAUGCCUCGGCCAUAGAAAGCCCUAAUGAGAAAUACUUAGGAAAAUCUACCACUUUUCCCCAAUAUCUUCAAAGUUGGUUCCAGAUGGAGAAUCCCAUUAACUUGGCUUCACAAUUUCUUCCUAAAUUCUCCACCAAUACUUCAACACAGUAUUAUGAAAAUACUGAUACCCUCAUGGACCCAAGCCCUAUUGGAAAUGAUGAAAAUUCCGGAACCGUAGAGGAAAGCAUCUCACUUUCUAACUUCGAAGAGAGUUGUAACUCCAUGUCCUGUGACAUGCAAAGGCAGUGGAGCUUUUAUCAACUGGAUAACCUUCAGUAA